CCUCUUUCACAACGCCCCACUUCCCAAUAAGAUGUCGCUGAAACCCACUCUUAAUCACAGCGAUCUCGAUCUUAUCGCCCACCCUCUUCGUCCUUCCGGUGAGAUUCAUGUUAUCGUGGGGCCUAUGUUUGCUGGCAAGACCACAGCUCUUCUUCGCAGGAUCAAAUCUGAAGGAACCAAUGGCAGGAAGGUAGCAAUGAUAAAGUCAAGCAAAGAUAACCGAUAUGCUAUAGAUUCAGUUGUAACCCAUGAUGGGAAUAAGUACCCAUGUUGGGCUCUGCCUGAUCUGUUAUCUUUCAAACAAAAACUUGGAGAAGAAGCUUAUGAAAAGCUGGAUGUUAUUGGCAUAGAUGAGGCCCAAUUCUUUGAUGAUCUCUAUGACUUUUGUUGCAAAGCUGCUGACCAUGAUGGAAAAACAGUUAUAGUUGCUGGCCUUGAUGGUGAUUACUUAAGAAGGAAUUUUGGUCCAGUUCUUGAUCUAGUACCCCUUGCGGAUACCAUAACCAAAUUAACAGCUCGAUGUGAACUAUGUGGCAAACGAGCCCAUUUCACCUUAAGGAAGACCAACGAGACAAAAACCGAACUUAUAGGUGGUGCAGAUGUGUAUAUGCCUGUUUGCCGUCAGCAUUAUGUUAAUGGACAGAGAGUGAUCAAAGCUGCUACACUGGUGCUAGAUGAAUCUCAUAAGUUUCAGGCUGAACCUGAUCAAGAAGCAAUCUUAACAACUGUAACUUAAUAACAUCCACUAGUUGUUACAACUCAAUGUUUGUUCUUUGGUUUUAUGCAUCUCUCUAGUUUUAGAAAGCAUUUGAUUUCCAAAUUCCAAUGUUGGUUGAUGUAUUGUAACUAUGUUACGGUUUUCUUACGUAUAUAUAACAAGUGAAGAACUAUGUUCU